AUGAUUUGCAGAACAUGUUUGCGCCGCGGGGCCUCGGCCCUGCCUCGUCUCCAGGCCCCUCGCGCCUCGUCCCUCCUCGUCAGACCCUUCUCCCUCUCCGCGCCCUCAAGAAACGCAGCAGAAGCGCCUGCUGCUGCCGCUGCCGCCGUCGCCGACACGAGCGCACCCGUCGCCACAGAUGCCAGCAACGCACCCCCAAAGGUCUCCUCGGCCACCGCCGACAUCCCCGAGGCCGCGGCACCCAUCUCCUCCUGCCCGCCCGGCACCGUCCUCAACGGCCUCAACUACUUCAAGAACAAGACGGACCCCGUCGCCCUCCCCGACGAGGCGUACCCCGACUGGCUGUGGACGGUUCUCGAGUCCAAGAACGAGGCCGUCGAGUCUACGGAUGACCUUGCAGCCGAGAUGUUUUCCAAGUCCAAGAAGCAGCGCAAGGCCGCCGCCAAGAAACAAAAGGCUCUCGAGGCAAAGGUCCUGGCCUCGGGCGACGUCGAGGCCCUCGCGCCAAAGGUCCCGCUGCCGCAGCAGUCCAUCAACCUGCCCGGCGAGAAGGGCGGCGACGUCGAGCACAACCUCGAGGCAGCGACCAAGAGAGACGAGCUGCGCAAGGCGAUGCGCAAGGACCGCAAGGCCAAGAUCAAGGAGGCCAACUACCUCAAGUCCAUGUAA